UGAACAUCUCCGCCGCCUUCAUCCCUUUCUCUUUCUCUAUCGACUAGUCUGCGUUUGGCCCGGUCCGAGUCACUAUCAGCCUUGACGGUCAGGUCUGUGGAGCUGCAGAGAGGGCUGCCACGGACACGUUUACCAACUCUAAGUUUUUCUUUACCGUAACAGCAGGUGGAUUAGCGUGUUAGCGUCCGUUUGUGCCAUGUUGAGGCUGAUCUUUCUGGCUGCUCUCGCCGGCUUCUCCUGGGCCAGUGAUGUGAUUGAGUACACGGAUGAUGACUUCGACAGCAGGAUUGGAGACCACAGCCUCAUUUUGGUGGAGUUUUUUGCCCCUUGGUGUGGCCAUUGUAAAAAACUUGCACCUGAGUACGAGGCUGCUGCCACACGUCUGAAAGGUGUCGUGCCUCUGGCCAAGGUUGACUGCACAGCAAACAGCAAUGUAUGCAGCAAAUACGGCAUCAGUGGAUAUCCGACCCUGAAGAUUUUCAGGGAUGGAGAGGAAUCUGGCCCAUAUGAGGGCCCCAGAAAUGCAGAUGCAAUCGUCAGUAUACUGAAGAAGCAGGCUGGUCCAGCUUCUGUAGAGCUCAAGGCUGAAGCAGACCUGCUGAAGUUUCUUGACAGCCCAGAUGCAGGCGUCGUUGGAUUCUUUGCUGACGAUGGGAGCACAGCACAGGCAGAGUUUCUUAAAGCAGCCAACACCUUGAGGGAUAACUACCGCUUCGCCCACUCAAACGCUCAGGAACUCCUCAAGAGCAAUGAUGUAGAAGAAGAGGGAGUCGUCCUGUUCCGUCCAAAGCGACUAAGCAAUAAGUUUGAGGACGGCUCUGUGAAAUACACUGGGGAUGUAUUCACCAGCAACAAAAUCAAGAAGUUCAUCCAGGACAACAUUUUUGGAAUCUGCCCACACAUGACAGAUGACAACAAAGACCAGCUGAGGGGGAAAGACCUGAUGGUGGCUUACUUCGAUGUUGAUUAUGACAAAAAUCCAAAGGGCUCAAACUACUGGAGGAACAGGGUAAUGAAGGUGGCAAAGAAAUACCUGGAUGAAGGCAAGAAGCUGAACUUUGCCGUAGCCAACAGGAACAUGUUCAGCCACGAGGUGUCAGAGUUUGGCCUGGACAGCAGCUCAGGAGAGCUGCCCGUGGUGGCCAUUCGCACUGCCAAGGGAGACAAAUACGCCAUGAAUGAAGAGUUCACUCGUGAUGGAGCAGCUCUGGACCGUUUCCUGGAGAAUUACUUUGCUGGCAAACUGAAGAAGUACCUGAAAUCAGAGCCCAUCCCUGAGAACAACGACGGACCAGUCAAGGUUGUGGUGGCUGAGAACUUCGACUCCAUCGUGAACGACGAAAGCAAAGACGUCCUGAUUGAGUUUUACGCUCCAUGGUGCGGACACUGCAAGAGCCUGGAGCCCAAAUACAAAGAGCUGGGAGAGAAGGUCGCCAGUGAUCCCAACAUCGUCAUCGCAAAGAUGGAUGCUACAGCCAAUGAUGUACCGUCUCCAUAUGAAGUCAGCGGUUUCCCCACACUGUACUUCGCUCCAGCCGGACAAAAGAUGAACCCGAAGAAAUACGAGGGAGGUCGUGAGGUCAGCGACUUCAUCAGCUACCUAAAGAGAGAGGCCACCAACCCACUGGCAGUUCAGGAGGAAGCCAAGAAGAAGAAGAAGAAGAAGUCAGAGCUAUAAAAGCUCCAAACAAGAACUCAACACCCCCACAUACACAUCAGGAGGAGGAGAAGCGGGGAAAUCAUGCGAAGAAAGAACUAAAUUAUAUUCCACUCUCUUAGUGAACUACCGAAUGCUCUGAGGCCGAAUCACAGCGGUGCGGCUCUCCCUUUAGGUCCUCCGCUGCUCUGGGAAAACUGUGGACAGUGGAGAGGUGGUGGCCAGGGCCUGCCCGAUGUUUAAAACAAAAACAAAUUUUUAGGGAAAAGGGGACGGCUUUUGAAAAAUUGAGAUUUUUAUUUCCCCGGGUCUGUCUACCACACCUCAGGCUGAUGCACUUUGGUUAAACGCCAGUCUCUGGUCAUCUGUCGCUCUGAUUUUUGCCGUUUUUGUCGUCACGGGGAUAUUGGUAGCAGUGAAUUCCUUUCUUUUUCAUUUUCUCUGUUUUUGUUUUGUAAAACAUCUUUGUUUUUGUACAUUUGGAAGGAUUGUGAAAUAAAAGGCCCACAAAACCAAAAGAAAAUGUAUCAUCUCAUUCAUGGAGUCAAGUUUUGUAGUACUGCCCUGGCACAUAGUUCUUUUUUUGAAGCUCUUCAAUGAAAGCUUUAUUUUUCAGAUUUUCAUUUUGAUGUCUUCAUUGGAAAUCUCCCAGCGUGUAGUGCUCAAAUCAUCACUGUCAGAUAAUCAAAUAUUUGGUCUGUAUUAUUACAGAAAAUAAAAACAUUUCUCAUUUGUUUCUGUUCCAAAAGUCUUAACCUGCAUUUUUGUUUUUGUUCCAACAGUCAAAACUUAGAGAAUCAAGUCAUUGUGUUCAUUAAAAACAAAAAGAGGAAGACAUUUCGACCUGAUUAAAUAAAUUUUCUUUUUAAAAA